AUGGCAAACAAGAAUACUGUUUCAAAUAAUGUUACUACUGAAGACUACUCCACAUCUAUUUCACCAGUAUGGACAGUCCCAAUAGAUUCUACUUCAACUUUCGAUAAAUCUGUGUUACCAUUUAACACAAAUCUAGAACUGCAAACUUACAAUACAUUUAUCAGUCAAUUUGCAUCUGACAUCGAUGAUCUCCCACCAAACUAUUUUGAUGUAUCAAUUGUACCUAAUGGAGCUGUUUCAUUUCAUAAUGAUGUUACUCCAUAUACAGAAGCAUCCAAAGCAGAAAUAGAACGUAAUCGAAAAGGUGUACUUUCAUUUGAUCAACUUAUUGAUAAAAAUCCUGAUCAAUUAUGGCUUUAUUUCAUGACUUAUCUCAAUGAGAAACCGAAAUUAGAUGUCAAUAUUCGUGGUUAUUAUAUAGAGAUAAUUUCUAUCAUGUGUAUCUUUUCUGUUUGUAGUAUUAUAAGAGAGAGGGAAAGUUAUCGACACACUAAAGGUAACUGGCAAACUCGUACUAUAACAAAGUCCCGUAUUGUGACUGAGUUCUAUUUUUCCAUUGAUUUAUCACCUUACAUUUGUGAACAUUGGUGGCGUGUUGCUGUUAUUCCAUCGGCAAAGGCAAAAGUGGCUGGCGAAACUGUUACAUUAAGAGAUGCUCUUGAACAAUAUACACUUUCGAAUAAGAAAAUCAAAGAAAUAAUAUUGCAAAAGCAGCUACAUGGCUGGAAUCAAGAAGAAUUAAAAAAUAAACUUAUUGCAUUAGUUCGUUCAACUGGUUAUCAGAAUAAUAUUUCUGUCAUCAAUGUCGCAUUAAAUGGUGAUCAAUUUGGUGAUGAAAAUAUAAUCGUUGACGAUUCACCAUUUAAAUCUACAUUAAUUUAUGUCAAUUCAGAAGGCGUAUCUGUAGAUCUACUUCAGUUAUAUGGUGCUCAAACUCAUAUGGGUCAUUAUGUUGCACUUGUAAUGGAUAAGUUAUUUACGUUCGAAGAAAUAACGACCAUUACUAAAGAUGACUUGUCACUUCUUAAAUAUGGUUCUAUUUAG